GGCAAGGAGGCGGGCUUUUCUUCGCUGCGCUAAAAUCCAGAUCUCUGGAGAGCCCGGGUGGGAGCCAGGGUAAACCGCCUGGCUGCACGGCCUUGCUUUAGGAUUUCUACUGUUCGCAGCCUGCAUUGGAAGGACCGGGAAGGACCCCCAAGCUACGCAAUGGAUGCAGUAUCUUUUGAGGAUGUGGCUGUGGACUUCACCAAGGAGGAGUGGGCUUUGCUGGACCCUUCCCAGAAGAAGCUCUACAGAGAUGUGAUGUGGGAAAAUUUUAGGAAUGUGGCUGCUAUAGGAAGGAACGGGGAUGACCAGCAGAUUGAAGAUGAAUAUAAAAAUUGCAGGGAAAAUGUAAGAAGUGAAGAGGUAGAGAAAUUCUGUAAAUACAGAAUACAGGAUCAGCAUGAAGAAGUGGUUUUGCUGCUUCCAAACAAUCGGAUGAAUAUGAAACCAUCUGAUACACAAGCAAGUGAAAGCUGUGCCUUUAGAAAUCUCCAGAUUGGUCAUUCUUCACGCACUGUGCCUGUCUUACCUACCACUAGACUCAAAUCCUAUGAGUAUCGGGGAUUUGAAGAAAAACUGUCUAACUGCAACAAAUAUGGAAAAAUGUGCACUGACAUCCAAUCCUUUCAGAAGCACACAAAGACAAACCCAGAGGAGAAACGAUGUGAAUAUAACGAAUGCGGAAAACUCUACUGGGGUUGCACUGAAGGAACUAAUACUGAAGAGAAGACCUUUGUAUCUGAGCAGGAUACAAAAACCCUCAGUACAACCAGCUAUGUUCAAAUUUCUGAAAGAAAUCAUAGUACAGUGAAUACCUACAGAGGUAUACGGCGUGGAAAGGGUUUUAAUGCUCAACAUGAUAUUCAGAUACAUGAAAAAGUUAAUACUGGAAAAAAACCCUAUGUAUGUAAACACUGUGGGAAAUCCUUCACUAAUAAGACUUCAUUUGGCAAUCAUGAAAGAACUCACAAUAGGGCUCACACUGGGGAUAAACCCCUUUUAUGUAAGCAAUGUGGAAAAGCUUUCAGCACACAUAGUGUUUGUCAAAGACAUGAACAAACUCACACUGAUGAGAGACCAUAUCCAUGUAAACAAUGUGGGAAAACUUUUAGAACACGUACUCAGUGUCAGAUACAUGAACGAACUCACACUGGGGAGAAACCCUAUGUAUGUGAGCAAUGUGGGAAAGCUUUCAGAACACAAGGUGAUUGUCACAUACAUAAAAGAAUUCACACUGGGCAAAAACCAUAUGUAUGUAAGCAAUGUGGGAAAGCUUUCAGGGUACACAAUUGUUUUCGAGCUCAUGAAAGGAUUCACACUGGUGAGAAACCCUAUGUAUGUAAACAAUGUGGGAAAGCUUUCAGCAUGCACAGUCAUCGUCGAAGACAUGAACGCACUCACACUGCUGAGAAACCGUAUGUGUGUAAACAAUGUGGAAAAGGUUUUGGGAGACAUGCUGUCUGUCAAAAACAUGAAAGGACUCACACUGGGGAGAAACCCUAUGUAUGUAAACAAUGUGGGAAAGCUUUCACUACACAGAGCUAUUGUAAAAUACAUGAACGAAUUCACAGUGGAGAGAAACCCUAUGCAUGUAAGCAGUGCGGGAAAGCAUUCAGCACAAGUAGUCCUUUUCGAAAACAUGAAAGAACUCACACUGGGGAGAAACCGUAUGUAUGUAAGCAGUGUGGGAAAGCUUUCAGCACACACCAUAAUUGUAAAAAACAUGAAAGGACUCACACUGGGGAGAAACCAUAUGUAUGUAAGCAAUGUGGGAAAGCUUUCAGCACACACCAUAAUUGUAAAAAACAUGAAAGGACUCACACUGGGGAGUCCCUAUGUAUGUAAGCAAUGUUACUGCUUAUAUACAGUAACUGCUUACACGCACAGUUACUGUAUAAUACAUGAAUGAAUUUGCACUGGAGAGAAACCAUAUAUGCAAGCAUUGUGGGAAAGCAUUCAGCACACAUAGAAGUUGUCAUAUACAUUGAAGUACUCACAUUGGGCAUAAACCAUACAUAUGUAAGCAAUGUGGAAACAGUGCAUGUGGUAGUUAGAAAAUACAUAAAAAAAUGCACACUGAAGAGAAACCCUAUGUAAGUAAGCAAUGUUGGAAAGCACCACACACAGUUAUUGUGAAGUACGUGAACAAAUUCACACUGGAGAGAACUAUGCAUGUAAGCAAUGUGGGAAAUCAUUCAGCAGAAAUAGAUAUGGAAAAACAUGAAAGAACUCACUGAGGAGAAACCCUAUGUGUGUAAGCAGUGUGGGAAAUCUUUCAGGACACACAAUAUUUGUCAAAGACAUGAACAGAUUCACAGUGGGGGAGAGUCCUAUAUAUGUAAGCACUGUGAAAUAGCUUUCAGAACACAUUGUCAAAGACAUGAACAGACUCACACUGGGGAGAAGAUGUAUGUGUAAGGUGGGAAAUCAGGACACACAUUUAUUGUCAAAGAUAUGAAAGAACUCACACUAGGGAGAAACUAUAUGUAUAUAAGCAAUGUGGGAAACCUUUCAGAAUCACAAGCUAGUUAUCAAAAAUAUGAAUGGAUUUACACUGGUUUGCAACCCUCUGUAUGUAAGCAAUGUGGGAAAGCUUUCUGGACAUACAGUUGUGGUCAGUUACAUGAAAGUAAUCACACAAGGUAGAAAAACAAUUCAUAAAAGGUUUCAUUUACUCUAGUAAUGAACAGACACUAAAAUUUGAAUGUAGAUUAACUGAAAAUAUAAAGUAAGUUGCACUGACAUAAAAGAACCUUCAGUGGAGAGAAGUGCUUCCUGGUAAGCCAUAUAAAAAUCUUUCAGUACACACAACUGUCAGUACAUAAAUGAAUGAACUCAUUGAAAACAUGAACAUUUGUGAUCAUUGUGGAAAUUUUUUUCUUUUUCUCAGUGCAUUAAAACAAUAAUUCACAAGAGAGGGAAAGCAUAGAUGUAAUAAAAUUGAGAAACCCUUUAGUUCUUCCACUUAUUUUGAAAUACAUGGAAGAACCCCUACUAAAGAGAGAACAUUCAUAAAUAAUGUGAGAAAGAAUGUCCUGGUUCCAACAAUGUCAGGAAACAGGCACAAAUUCACACAGAGUUAGUAUAAUACAGAAUGUGAGAGGUAUUUUCACAUGGCUUAAGCAAGUAUGGCAUUUCUGAGUGGAAUGCAUUUUCUCUGUCUAUUGAGAAUGUAAUGUACUUUUUCUCCUUGGUUCAGUUAAUAUAUGUGACAUUUAUUGACUUGUGUAUGAUGAACCAUCCUUGCAUCCCUGGGAUGAAUCCUACGUGGUUGUACUAUAUAAACAUCUUGAUGAUUUGCUGCA